AUGCGCUACUCCGCCACAGCCUUCCUCACGGCCCUCUUCGUCGCCACGCCGACCCUGGCCACUUCCUGCGUGCGGGUGCAGUGUGAACUCGAAUUCUGCUUCAACGACCACGUGGACCCCUGGGUCUUGGUCGACAGAGCCCUGAACAAGCAUUACGGGGUAGACUGCGGCCAGUGGGAUAACUGGCAGCGAUACGAGCCAGCCGAAUACUGCAACGACGGCCUGCGUAAGGGCUACGGCACCUUUCACAUUAACCGCAUGCCGGAGUCCUUCCGCCAGUACUUCAAAGUCUCCUUUGAAAACGGGGAUGAGAACGACCCGAGCCGGGGUUCCGUCUCUGGCUAUUGCCGUCCUGUUCAGAAAGUCAAAUGCGUAUGCCACUCGAAGUACAACCCCGAAAAGAAGGAUUGCUCUGCUGCUUGCGACUGA